AUGAAACGAGAGCGCGAGGACCACGUCGCAUCGGAUUCUUUCUUUCUCUCUCUUUCGCUCCUCUGCGGCGAAGACGGUCCUCCCUCCCCUCGCAGCCUCGUGCCCGUGGGCGAGUGGAGCGCGUGCGCCGCGACAGCAGCCGCGCCAGGCGAGCGCGCCGCGCAGUGGUCUGGGUCCUGGUGGCCCCCCACGCGAGCAGCCGCGGGCGCCGUAGCUGCUGCUGCGUUAAGGGGGCUCUGGCCGCACCCGCUGCGGCCGUCGUCGAACGACGAGCGGCCCGAGACGGGCGUGACGACGAGGCUCGGGGAGACCGGGCUGUCGAGCUCGCUCGCGCAGGGACUGCCGCCGCCGCCGCCGCCAUUGCUGCUGCUGCUGCUGGCGCAGUAG